AUGGAUUCUUCUGUUGCCCCACGCGCUUCUAACGUUAAGGGAAGGAGUGCCUGCGAUCUUUGUCGGUUCCGAAAGGUCCGCUGCGAUAGAACCCAGCCCGCCUGUGAGAACUGUCAUCUUGCGGGGCUGCCUUGUACAUUCAGCCCACAGGUCCCCCAACAGCGGAAAAGCCUUCGCCAAGAACUUGCCGAAGCUCAAGCCCGUAUAAAGGAGUUAGAACGAGCGUUAGAUACAGGUUUAACCCCUACGCUUGUCCGGAAUGACGACGGCAAGUCAAAAACAUCCACAUCGCCUCCAAGUCAACAAACAUCUCCAGCUCACUUGGAAACAAACUAUAUACCCGACACUCGGUCUUUAGAUGCCGCCCUAGCAUCCCUUCAAGCCCUCCUCGCAUGGUGCGGGCUUGGAAAUCGUCUUUCAACAGCUCGAGCAAAUUUUUGCGCAACCGUCUACCAGCAGUGUGGCCAUGCAUUCGACUUGGAUGAUUUUUUAGUCGAAGCAGCGGCAUCUUUUGAGAAAGAAGGCUUCACUUCUAAGAAAAAGACAACAGUCACGAAAUGGCCAUCUCCAUCUCUGGCCAAGCGGUGUGUGGAAUAUUACGCACGAUGUGGAUUAUAUUCCAUGUUUCCUUUUGCAGAUCCUGAGGCAUUGCAGGUGCUCGUCAAUGCUGAUGUCUUGAAUCACCCGGACACGACUCGUGCUGCCAAUCGUGCCUGCUUGGCUGCAUUCACGGCGAAUAUCACUCAGAUGCACCGUCAUGAUCCUGCCUUUUGCGAUGCAGAUCCUGAUGCUUAUGCCCAAGCGGCACUAUCACUCGUUCCACAGAUUCUUAUGGAAGCUCCGGAUUUGAGAACACUCGAAGCUAUCAUGAUGUUGGCGGUUUACAUUGCCCCCCUUGGCCAACCCGUAUCCUCAGAAUUCCUGCUAGGCAUUGGAAUACAAGUCCUAUAUAACCUCGGAGGUCACAAAAUACGACCUACCCCCGAAACACCGGGUCGAAUCCAGCAGAGCCAGCAUCUCCGUGCACUCUUCUGGCUCUGCUACGGCAUCGACAGCGAGUUUUCCAUCCGAAAAGGUCAACCUCCAAUGCUAAGCGAGGUACACUGCGAUUUAGAUCUACCAAUCAACUACACACUGAAAUCGUCCGAACACCAUUUCUACUGGAAACCGCUUUCCUCGAAAGAACUCCUCUACCCAUCCGAUCUCCGGCUGAGUUUGAUCAAAACCAAGAUCUACAGUCUUCUUUAUUCUGAGAAGAAUGCGUCACACUCGGAAGCUCGAAGGAUUCAACUUAUCCGUGAAUUAGAUCAUGAUUUGAGUGUUUUAAGAUCUGAGUUCCCCGUGGAUUGUCGACCGGAUUUAUUCGCGACUGAAAACGCCCCGGAUUACUUGUUUCAUGACUUGAGUAUACGGGGUGUCAGUAUUCAUUUGGAAUAUUACUAUUGUCUGGGCAAGAUUCACGGGGCGAAUAAUUCUUACAAUAUUCCUGCUUCGAAGUCCUGGUGGCCUCUGCCGUCCAGUGCGGAGAUUUGUUAUGAAGCGGGGCGUUCGACUUUGAUAUACAUCGGUCGAGUUCAACAUUAUAUCAACUAUCACACUUUUUGGAUCCAUGCUCAAUUCGUUCUUACGGCUGUCCUUACACUUUUCCGAUUCCUUAUCACAGCUCCAACAGCGCCGAACUUCGCACGCGAUAUCAAAAUACUGGAUGAUACAGCCAAUCUCUUUGCGCAAUUCACCCAAUCGGAUGACCCAGAGAGAAAUUGUUUUCCACCGUUUUACUUGGCUCACGCAUUUAUCAAAAAGUUGGUGUUUCUGGCUAAGGAGUCGCAUAUCCGUUCCAUGACCGCAUAG